GCGAGGCUGUACUCAGGGUUAAGCCUCGGUGUAGUUCGAGCUAGCAGCGCUCGGAUCGGAUUUGAGGGGUAAGCUCCUCAGCUUUAGCGCCUGAAACGCGCCCAGGGGAGGCUACACAUCUGGACACGAUGCCGUUCGGGAGACACGUAGUUCAUUAAUAGUUAUUAUUGUUUGUUUGAGUCAAAAAGCUCCUCGCUUUGUCCAGCCGACGAUAUGCCAUAUUAGCAUGCUAAGCUAAUUAGCUAGCUGCUCCGCAUCGUCUAAUUUCUGAUUUAAAAAAACAACAAAACGGAGUUAAAUUGUUUGUUUGUGAGUUACAGCUUGACUAGUUCUUCUUCCGGACUGUAACUUUGAAAAAGAAGGAGGGAUGGUGCAGCCGCAGCCCGACGGUCCAAUGCAGUGGGACAUGUCCGGGGAGGACAGCGGAGGGGCCCUCAGGGUCCCACCAGAGCUCGCUGGCAAUGAAGUGGUGACCAGACUGCUGUGUGACAAUCAGCAGCUCCGAGAGGCUCUGCGGCAGAGCAACCUCGCUCUGCGUCAGCGCUGCGAGGAGAUGGAGGGUUGGCAGCGUAAGACCAGGGAGGAGCGCGAGUUUCUCAGCUGUCGUUUCCAAGAAGCCAGGGCGCUGGUGGAGCGGCUGGCCCAGGAGAACCACUCCUUGCAGAGCAUGGUCAACUUUCCUGCCGCCUCCUCCAACCACUGCUGCAACUCCAGCCAGACCGAAGACUUGCAGGGACGCCCGGCCAAAAACGGGCCGCUGGACGGGCCACAGACUCUGGAUCAGUGGGAGAGGAAACGAGUUGAAGACACAGAACAACAAACCCAGACCACACCACUUCGCAGCCUGCCGGUGGAGGGCGCAAACGAGUUCCUGCAGCUGCUGAAGAGCCACAAAGAGGAAAUGAAGGAAGGAACAAGGGAACUCAGGAGGAAAAAUGAAGAACUGGAGAGGAAAAAUGAAGAGCUUGAGAGGAAGAUGGAGGAGGGAGAGGAAGAGAAAGAUCACAUGCGCCGUUGCAUCGACCAACUUCGAGCCAAGCUGCUGCAGGUGCAGGCGAGUGGCGGUUCUGAAGAAACGGUUCAGCUUCGCUCUGAGGUGCAGCAUUCCUCCGACUGGUAUCGGGAGUUGGAGGAGAAGCUGGAUUACCUGCAGAAGAGCUCAGCUCAGCGCGACAGGACAGAAGCUCUGCUCAAACAGAAGGACAAGGACUGCGCUCAGCUUGCCAAAGACUGUGAGGCCCUCAAAGCUCAGGCCACCUCCCUGUUAGGAGAGCUGAACGAGAGGCAGAGCUGCCUGGAGAAAAGCGAGUACGAGCGCAAAAUACUGGAGGAGAAGCUGGUCGGCAAGAUGAAGGCGCUGCAGGCUGCAGAGAGGGAGCUGGAGCAGCAGAAGACGCAGCAUAACGUGGCCAUGGACAAGCUGAUGCUGCAGGUCCAGGGCCUGGAGCAGGCCCUGAAGACCGAGAGGCACACCGUCACAGAGGAGAAGAAAAAACUGACGCAGCUGCAGCAUGCCUACACGUGUCUGUUCAGAGACUACGAUUCCAAACUGAAGAACGAGGAAGGAGAUCUUAGCAGCCGCCUGGAGGACGCAGAGCGAGCGCUCGCCUUGAAGCAGGACCUGAUCGAUAAACUGAAGGAGGAGGUGGAGCAGCAGAAAGGUUCGCUGGAGACCGUCCCUGUCCUGACAGCGCAGGCUGAGAUCUACAAGGCAGAUUUCCUUGCGGAGCGAGAAGCGAGAGAGAAGCUGAACCAGAAGAAAGAGGAGCUGCAGGAACAGCUUAAUCGGGCUGUGGCCGAGGUCGACAAGCUCAAGAAGGAGAUCCUGUCACGUGAACGAAUGGAGCAAAUGAAGAUGAGACACGUGAAAGACUUUCCCCAGCGGCCCAACCACAUUCCUCCACCGCAAGACAUGUUUUAUGGAGGAGCCUUCAACACCGUCCCUCCGGCCCCGUCUUUUCGGAAUCAGGUACCCGUCAACGAUCGAGGAGCACCAGGAACCGAGGAGCUGCCCGAUUUAUGUUGUCCGAAGUGUAAUUACUUGGCCCCAGACAUGGACACGCUGCAGAUACACGUCAUGGACUGUAUACAGUAAUGAGCAGGAAACAGAUUUGUCGAUAUUUGCAUCCAGCUCUGACAACAGACCCCGUUUGGUUGCACCUUACUCUCUGCCAUGCAAACACACAACCCCGGUUUGGAUCUCAAUGUUAAAAAUUAAAUGUGUUCAAAUCAAAAGAAGGCAGGUCGGGGCAGUCGGAAGGCCUUAUAAUAAAGUGAAAGAGACGUCACGUUUUCCCUCUACUGCUUCGUCAAUUUGUCUUGAGCUGUAGAUUUCUCCGUCGUUCAUCCUUUUCGAGUGGUUUUAUUUUUCAUCCCAACACCUGGCCUUUUGUCCACUGACACCUCCACCCCCAUGCAUUGCUUCUGAUGAAGCUCACCGUUUUUUAUUUUGGACAUGAUUCCAGUUUCAUCAGCCUUUUCCUUUCUCGUGCAAACGAGGAGUGAACCACACGCCAUGGAGUAAACGUGUAUUUUCUGACUGCAUCCUUAAUCCAACAUAUCAGUAUUUAUCGGACCUAAUAAAAAAUGUGAUCAAUCAGGAAUGACUUCUUUUUUUUUUUCCUUUCCAAUAAAAUAAAGAUGCAUGUGAUUUUUAG